UUUACUGAGUACAUGGAAUGUAGACGUUCAGCCAUUGAACACAAUGAUGAAAAAUGCAUACUGGGUAUUGCCAAAAAAUGGGGAGCUGAAGCCUGGCAAAAAAGAUCUGCUGAACAUUUAUUUUACACCGACAAAAAAAGGGUUUUACAAUUCGCAGAUAGUCAUCGUGGUCGAAGGAAAUUGUGUUCCAACUAAAUUGGAUCUGUGUGGGCAUGGAACAGAGCCGACAUUAGUCUUCAGCGAAAAGGAGUUACAUUUCAAGAAUAGUUUGCCGUACUCCCAAAACGAUUGUUCGUUUUUAGUUCAGAACGUAUCAACUUUCCCGAUAGAGUAUUGUUUUCCAGAUUUGGAUCCGGAUUACGAUUACGAAAAGUAUUUUGCCGAGCUAUUCUUGGACACCCAUAAUUUGAAAACUAUUCUCUUGCCGGAAAGGCAACUAGGGAGUAAAUUACCCGAUAUAUUUCAGUCAAACUAUAUCAUGUUACUAAAUGAACUAAGGAUGACGAAAACCAAAUCCAUCAUUGAUGAAGAAAUUGAAAGGGAAAACUCCGCCAUAGAUCCACUAGCUCAAUACACGAAAGAUGAAAUUAUUUUUGAAUUGAAAGGUUUUCUGAAAAAUACAAAUUUUGCAAUAGACGACAUCGAAACAGAUUUCUACAUAGUCGAAGACGAUUCAAACGCAAGAAUGGCUAUAGUGGAGCCUGAAAAACCCAAUAUUUUCGAACAACCACAAACAAGAAAUGGCGUCUUCAUAAUUUUUCAUGGAGCACCAAAUACAGGUUAUUAUAAAGCUGCAAACAGAGCUGGAAGAGCACUGUCUCUAAAAGUAUUCAGCAUUGAUGGUCUCAUAUACGACGAGUUGGUUAAAAACGAGACUGAGCCAGCCAUGGAAAUAAAUAACAUUAUUGAACAAAAAUUGAAAUUCAAUAAAGUCCAAUUUGAAGCACUUCCUGAAGAAGAUGAAUAUGAAUAUUUAGCCAAAAAAAUAUUUUUGAUGGCUACCGUCCGUUUGAAGAAAUCUAAAUCCAAGAAGAUUUCUGAAAAGAGCCAAAAGCACGAGAAAAAUUCCGAAAAGAAAACUAUGAAUAAAGCUGAGGGAAAAGAUCCGGGAAAUAUUUCGUUAGAAUUGAUCUGGGCAUUAUUGAAGAAAAAAUUUGAGAGCGCCGAAGAAGGAAUUAUAAUAGAGAGUUUGCAUAGCGAAUUUAUACCGAAAAUAGAUGUCGCUUUAGAUUGCUUGCUUCGUGCGAUCGGUUGUGCUAAAUACAUCCAGAUUGUUAUAUUAUCGUAUACAUUAGAAGAUUACAUGAUAGAUGAGGCUCGUAGACUAUCAGUUGAAGACCGUACCAAGAAAACUGAAACUAACAGAAGUAAUAGACAAUCACCUAAGGAGUCUGAUAAAGGAAGUACUAAAUCAAAUACCGAUAAAACGAAACAAAUACUGAAAAAUUUACCCAAAAAUGUGAAAGAACGCUUCGAAGAAUUUCGUGAAUUCCUGGAUGAUAUUGUAUCUAAAUGCCAAUUCUGGGAUAGACGAUCCUUAUUCCCAAUGAAGCCACCCAAUUCCAAAGCAGAUGGAAGUACCAAAGUAGAUACAAAAAGUUCAACGAGAGAUUCUGCAAAAGACUCGAAAGCUUCCACCAGAAACAAAGGAAAAUCGACCAGCUCGAGUAAUUUGAAAAGUUCAGACGGGGAUUCUUUUGGUGUUCCCCUUUGGAUAUUCGUUCGAUGCUCUGACGACAGAUAUAUAGAUACGGAGAUGUUAAGUUGUUUGCUGAAGAAUAAUUCGGAACUCGACAGUGCCAUUCAAGAAUUGAAUCGAGGUAUCGAAGUUGAAAGCACUGAAUCAUGUUCCACGUUUUCCAUAUACAAAAAAAGUAAAAGGAAGAAACAUAUUCAAAAGGACCAAUUUAAAAUAUGUCAUGCUAGCGUUGAAAUUGUGAAGUCAGAUUCCCAGGUGUAUUCUACAUCUGGUACCAAUUCGAAGAAAAAACUUACAAAAAGAAAGUAUAGUAUUAGUGCAGAUCGAAAGAGUGAUCGUGCAUCACUCAGUUCCUCAACGAAAGAUUCCCCUCCUACCCCUCUUCUACCAAGGAAUAUUCUGCAACCAGGCGAGAUUAUGAAAUAUCAAGUGACAUUCUCACCAACUUCUUGUGGAAGAUACAGCAACGUCUAUGCAUUGACAAUAUUCGGAAUGGAUUCAACUCAGUCGAUCCACUGCAAAGCUUUAUGCGAGCUGCCAACUCUAAAUUUCACACCGGAGAUUGUGUUUCCAAAUUGCUGCAAUAGCUAUAAAGAAAAAAUUCUUGGCGACAGAUUUACUUAUUUCAAAGAGGAGGAUGUUUUUGAUAUUGGCUCUAUUAUUGUAGGAACCAAUAAAUCACUUCCUUAUUCAACCGAUCUCACCCUACAAAAUGCGUCUGAUCUCCAGUGCAUCACCACCUUGGAGUUGAAUGAAAAUUCUCCAUUUUCAAUACAGCCUAACAAUAUCAUUAUAAAACCAAACGAAAGUGUCAUCGUAAAUCUAUCUCUGAAAGCACCCAGAAAAGGAAAUAUCGGUGGAGAGCUGUACAUUUCCGUUAAAAAUAAUCCCAAAGUUGAAACGAUCAGAUUAUUAGCCUAUUCCUGUGCAUUGGAGUUCCACGUCAGUCCAAAGCUCAUAAACUUCGAAAAAGUGCCGACAGAUUAUUGUAUAAAGAAAAAGAUUACGAUGAGAAACUCAACUCCUAUCGAUUUAUACUGGAAAUUAGUCAAAUCCGAUUGGAUGCACGAUAUUUACAAGUUGUCCAAAACCAAUGGACAGAUUAAGUUAUAUUCGGUGGAGGAAAUCACCGUAGAGUAUUCACCAACGAAAGAAGAAACCAAUCCCAAAAAGAGUAUGGAACUCCAGAUAUUCGAUCUACAUCAUUCAGAAAUAAUACCUCUUCAAGUUGAUUCCAUAGCUCUCCAGUCUGAAGCGCUUGAAUACAUCAUAGAAUAUCAAAAUCAUAUCGACUUGGGGAAUAUGAAGGGGAAAACCAAUUAUAAAAUUCCGUUCCACUUGGUCAAUAAGGGAAAAUGCAAUGUUAACAUUGUAUUCUCGAAAUUGGAUAAUAUCCUUCAGAACGAUUUGCACCUUAUCAGACAAUUUUUCAAGUUGAACACUGAACAUGAAAUUCUGCAAGCACAAAAAUCAACCACUGUGAUUUUUAACUUCAGUCCUACCGUGGAGAUGAGUUUCACUGAUAUUCCGGUAUUCAAUUGCAAUUUCGUGGAGAUCGACAGGCCCGAAUAUGUCAUAAAAUCGUUCAUCAUAACAUUUACUGGAGCAGUUUAUUUGUCGAUGUUCACCUUGUGUCCAACAUCUGAUCUAUAUUUCGGAUACCAGCAGAUCUUUAGUACUAUAUCGCAAAACAUAGAGAUGAAAAAUACAGGAAAGUUUCCAUUUCAGUAUGACAUAGUACUACCGACGGAUGUUCAAACAUCACAACUGAAAA